AUCCAUUUCUGUCCUGUUAGAGUGUGGAUUGCGUGAGAAGGGUGUCUCACACACUCAACAUUUGUUCUCCGUUUCUCCCCCUCACAUAAAAUCCAAAAAAACAAAAAAAAGUUUAAAAUACAAAACCCAAAAAAAAAAUAUUCUUUGUCCUCUUCGUUCUUCUUGUUCCUCUGGGGAGUUGUCCUUCUUAGCGAUUCACCUUUUUUCGUUUGAUAAAGAGUUAAUAAAAAGUCGACAGUGAACAAGAUGCAGGCCGCGGCUCAACCAAAUUAUCCGAUGACUUCGCUCUACGUGGGUGAUCUUCACCCAGAUGUAACGGAAGCUAUGCUGUUUGAAAAAUUUUCCCAAACCGGACCGGUCCUUUCCAUUCGUGUUUGCCGUGACAUGAUCACCCGUCGUUCGCUGGGCUAUGCCUAUGUCAACUUUCAACAACCUGCGGAUGCGGAACGAGCAAUGGACACGAUGAAUUUUGACUUGAUGAAGAAGGGGAGACCCAUCAGGAUUAUGUGGUCGCAACGAGAUCCAUCCCUUCGGAAAUCUGGAGUUGGGAAUAUUUUCAUCAAGAACUUGGACAAGUCAAUCGACAAUAAAGAUAUGUACGAUACGUUCAGUACAUUUGGCACUAUUCUGAGUUGUAAGGUUGCAACAGACGAGCACGGAAAUUCAAAAGGCUACGGAUUCGUACACUUCGAGACCGAAGAGGCUGCAAACAAAGCCAUUGAUAAAGUUAAUGGAAUGCUUCUCAGUGACAAGAAACUAUACGUUGGGAGAUUCAUUCCACGGAAAGAACGCGAAAAGGAACUUGGAGAGAAGGCAAAGCGGUUCACGAAUGUCUACAUUAAGAAUUUCCCUGAUGGGCUGGGAGAAGAAAAAUUGAGAGAUCUUUUCGAAUCUUUUGGAAAGAUUACAUCGUACAAGGUGAUGUCAGAUGAAACGGGCAAGUCCCGAUGCUUUGGAUUUGUUGCAUUUGAAGAUGCUGAAGCUGCUGAAGAAGCCGUGAAUCAGCUUAAUGGCAAGGAAAUGGAUGGCAAGACCGUGUAUGUGGGGCGUGCUCAAAAGAAGAAUGAACGGCAACAGGAGCUGAGACGCAAGUUUGAGCAGUUGAAGAUGGAGCGGCUCAAUCGCUACCAGGGUGUUAACCUAUAUGUGAAGAACUUGGAUGACACGAUUGAUGACGAGAAGAUCCGCAAGGAAUUUGCUCCAUAUGGUACUAUUACGUCCGCGAAGGUUAUGAUUGAGGAAGGACGGUCCAAGGGUUUCGGAUUCGUGUGCUUCUCAUCUCCGGAGGAGGCUACCAAGGCCGUCACUGAGAUGAAUGGGCGAAUUGUUGGCUCUAAGCCCUUGUAUGUGGCACUCGCUCAGCGUAAAGAAGACCGAAAGGCUCACCUUACGUCGCAGUAUAUGCAGCGGAUGGUGAACAUGAGUUCCAUCCGAAUGCCACAAAUGGGACAAGUUUACAAUCCUGGCAGCUACUUUAUGCCAACAAUCCCACAACCCCAGAGGUUCUAUGCUCCCGCACAAAUGGGACUGCGUCCUUCGCCAAGGUGGCCAACAGCUCAGGCCCGCCCUGCGGGGCAAGUUCCAGCCUUCGCAAUGCAGCCACCAUUCCGCGCUCCUCGUGGAGCAGUUGCUGGUGCUGGACAGCCUCUGCGAGCUCUUGGACGAAUGCCAGGACCACAAAACGUUCCAGGUGGCCCACAACCAAGAGCAAUUGGCAAUGGUCCACAACAAAUGGCCGCCGCUGCUGCUGCUGCUGCAGGUCAACAACCCCGCGGCCCAACGACCCAAGCACCACCUGCAUACAAGUACCAGUCGUCUGCUAUGCGUACUCCAGGACAACCCUCCGGAGUGGUCAUCACAGGACAAGAACCGUUGUCGGCUUCGGCAUUGGCUGCUGCUCAUCCCAACGACCAAAAACAAAUGCUAGGAGAACGAUUGUUCCCACUCAUUCAUGAAAAGUAUCCAACUGUCGCUGGAAAAAUCACUGGAAUGUUGUUGGAGAUGGACAACUCUGAAAUCUUGCAUUUGUUGGACGAUCGCGACUUGCUGAGCUCUCGGGUCGAAGAAGCUGUUGCGGUCUUGCAGAUGCACCAAACCAAGCAACCUUCGAUGCCUCAACAGCCAACUGCGGCUGCCAACUAAAUUUUUCAUCAAUUUUUCUAAACACUCACCCAUCACUCAUUCUACGGCUACAACUCGGAAUUUUUUAACGGUAUUUUUUUCAAAACUCGAUUGAUUAUCAGCGAAAAAUGAGCAGUCAUCCUCUCUUGGAACUUCUCUGAUAUUGUUAGCACUUUUGUUUUCCCCCAAAAUUUCUCUUGAAUCGCUAAGUAUCUCCCAUUUUCAAUGUUUCUUUUAAACUCACUUAAUUGGAUCUCGACAACAUAAAAAACUCUAAAAAAAAUUGAAAAACUUAAUCAUGUAACUAUUGAAAAUUCAGAAAAAUGAAAGGGGACGUGAAGUAAGGAAGGAAGAUUCAAAAUUAGAACGUUCGAUGUACUGUAUUAUAUUAACAGCAUUAGGUAGUAAUUUGCAAGUGGUGAUUUGGUAAAAUAAGUAAGUAAAAUGUGGUUGUUUCCACUUUGUUGUAAAAGGUACCAUCAUUGCUCAGUACUCGAAUUGUUUCUUUUUUCGCCCACGUUAUACAUCACACAGGGCUCGCGAAAAUAUCAAUAUAUAUCCAUUGUCAAAAUGGUAGUGUAAGCCUUGUUGCAGGUAUUCUAACACAAACGGUUAUGAAAGAUAAUGCAUUUCACUACUGCAUCCAAAACUUACCAACGACAAAUUCAUACAAACAUUUAUAGCAAAAGCAGCAAUAGUUGCAAGGCAGUGGAGGUUACUAAUAUGUGGUAUGUUUGGUACCCUAUAUAUGCUAUGUAAUAAAUGGCCUUGUCUCAUGAUCAUAAUUACAAUGUGUUAAAAAUUGAACAUAAAUCCGACUAUGCCAGUGGUUGAAAAAGCUAGCUGCCUGAUGAAAUAGUUGCUGUAAAAGAGUCGACGAGCAGACUAUUUAUAUAUAUAAAAAAAGUUAUACCUGCAACGUUUCGGCGAUAGCGAUUGGUUUAGAGGUGUGUCAAUUUUGAAGGAAUUGGAAGCUAAAUAAGUAAAAUUUCGAAUAGGUCUGUCAACCUGUACUCUCUAUCCCUCUCUGAAAAAAAAUAAAGGCAGAGUACGUUCGGAUAUUACACGUCAGGUUUCGACUCGUGUUUUUGUGGUUCUGGUUCUAAUAAUGAUUGAUUAUUGAAGCUUCAAUUACUAACCUUCUUAAGUCCGCUUUCACCCUCUAAACAGGCAGACCUUGGUAGAUUGAUUGCAAGGCAAAAUGAGUGUAGAGAUGGUCACAUCAUUUCCCUCAUCAUUGCUAGUAACGACUGAGCUAAGCCGGUAUAAAAUUUCAUAACAGUUUUUCCACUAAAAUACCACAGGAGUUUGCAUUUCAGUAUUUCACUUCAUCUAGCAUUCUUAUCGAGAGUUGGGUAUAUUAUCUGAAUCGAGUAAAAGUGUAACCACUGAUAAGUAAGAAUGAGAAUAAUGGCAGAGGCGGCAUUGCUCUUUCCUGACGUGUUCAAAACCUGUACGAAAUCAAAUGACACGACGGGUGAUCAUGUCAGGGGGGAGCAAUCCGAAUCUUGCGAAAUGCAUCCUGUGUUGAAAAAAAAGAAACUUCUACUCUCUUUCCUAUCAUUCACGACGAUACAAAAAAAUGCAUAACAUCAACAUCACUUUUUUUAGGAUUUCGACCACCAUCCUCCGAUUUCCAUAUUAUUACACCUAAAUAUAGGGCAUCCAGUUUAUCAUAUGAAAAUCACAUUUAAAUACAAAUGGAUUUUUCUUGUAUGUCAAAUUUUUGUUGGACCCUAAUAAUAAAAACUCGUUACUUUUUCUCGGAGAAUGUAAUAACGAGUAAACAACAACAUUCGCACACACAAAAACAUUAUUAUAAUAAUAUACAUAAUAUUUUAGUUUUUUCGUAAUUCAUCUCAAAUUCUACCCAUUGAACAACAUGUACACCUUAUAAUCUCUUCCCCUUCCAUUCUCGUUUGUACACACGCAAGAAAAGUAUUGUUUAACUGUAAAGAAAAAAAAAA